AUGUAUAAACAAAUGACACCUAUUGUUUUAACAUUACAAUCAUUAAAUACAGAAUAUUUAGCUUAUCUUAUAAAAUAUCCUUUAUUAACAAAAUCAAUAACUUCAGGUAUAUUAAGUGGAUUAAAUGAAACAAUUUCUUCAGCAAUUACAAAUGAAUAUAAAGAAACAAAAAUUUUAGGUUUUAAUAUAAAACAUGUGUUUAGUCCAAAAUUAAUUAAUAUGAUAAUUUAUGGAUCAUUAAUUUCAACACCAAUAAGUCAUAAUUUAUAUGGUAUAAUAAAUCAAAUUUUUAAACCACCUUUAUCAUCAAAACAAAAAAUUUUAAGAUUAUUAACAAGUUUAUUUACUGUAACUCCAUUAAUUACUGCAUGUUUUGUUUCAUGGAUUUCAAUUAUAAAUAACUACAAAAUAAAUUUAAAAAAUUUUAAUCCAAUUAAUGAAAUUUUAAAAUUAAUUAACAUUAUUAAAGCUGGCUUGAAAAAAGGUUACUUAACAACUUUAAAAACUUCAUUGAUUGUAUCAUUUUUAUCAUUAAUUAUUGCAAAUAAUUAUAUACAACCAGAAUUAUGGGUUGUAUUUUUUAAUAUUGUAUUUUUUAUUUUAGGAACUUAUCAAAAUACAAAAUUAAAAAGAUUACAAAAACAACAAAGAUUAUCAUUAGAAAAAGAAGACUAG